GUCUCAUUGGAUAGGCGUUUUUCUUUUUCUCGCCGGGGGAAAGUGUUUUGUAUUUUGUGCGCCGUGCGCUCAUGAGCGCACCGCCUCAGCUCCAAGGACAAAAAAGCAAGUUAUAGAUGGCCUUUCCUGCGAGCCCGUCUGCGAGAGCGACAAACUAUUUCACCAUGACUGACGGGGAUCGCUUGGAUGCAGCUGACACUCACGCGUGCCCGGCGAUCGCGCUGAGUAAAGCCGUGUCCGUGUCCCUGGGCUUGGACUCCCUGCUGUCUCCGCUCAGUCACCAGUGGUCCGAGCCGGAGCUGGGAACGCCCGGUGACAUGAUGCACUCGGAAGGAAACCGACUCCUCCUGCCCCACACGAGCACUACUAGAGCACACGAGCUGAGCGACUUUGGAGAAGUGCGUCCUGCAGACGCGCGGCGGAGCGGCUGCGCGGAUGCGCUCAGGUCCGGCGACAUGCACGGUGCGCGCAGCUCGCUCAUAUCCAGAUUCGUCUGCAACAAGGACACAAACGUGUUCACAAACCCGGUACCGGAGCUCCCCGCGACCUCUCGGGUGACGGAGGUCGUGCCUUUCAGCAGUGCGUACUCUGCUUUCUCCGCCAGCUCCAGCCUGUACGGCGGUAAUGCCCGAGCUGCGUCUGCGUGGUGCGCAAACGAGCGCGCAUCCAGCAGCGAGCGACCCGAGCCGCCCAGCAGGGCCGGCUACGGCGGACAGACUUUCUUCUGCAAGUACUGUAACUGUGCGCAAAGCUCUCUCGGAGCCAGGCAGGAGUGCAGCUGUGUGUGGUACAGCAGAGCCGCCGAGCAGGGCGGCAAAGCCGCCGGCGCGCAUGGGGCGGCCGCGGCACAGGCGUACGGCCAAGUGGAAAGUUACCCGGACGCGGUUCCUCAAGGGCAAAGCACUUUCUCCACUAUUAAGAUCGAACCUACAAUUUGGUUGGACUACACGGGUCGCAGUUUCAGACAUGAGGAUUUUUUCCCAGGUGUGUACCUGUCGGACAGGAGAGUGUGUCAGGUGUGCGGGGACGACGCCUCGGGCUGUCACUACGGAGCGGUCACCUGCGGCAGCUGCAAGGUGUUCUUCAAGAGGGCGGCUGCAGGUAAGCAGAACCAUCUGUGCGCCAGCCGCAACGACUGCACCAUCGACAAGCUGCGGCGGAAAAACUGCGCCUCGUGCCGCUUAAAGAGAUGCUUCAUGUCGGGGAUGAGCCUGAAAGGUCGCAGAUUGAAGGGAGCCACACAGGCACGACACGGAGAGGAGGAGCCAGCGCAGGCUGGCUGGGGACAGGCAGAAAAGGAAGGCAGGGCAGGAAGGACGCUUGUUGUCGUGGAGCCCGGAAACGCAGCUUCCAGGCCUCAGAGGGCAGAACACCAGGCCCGGCCUCUUGGCAUCCCCCCGUCUCCAGCCUCCUGCCUGUCCCUGCUCAGCAUCCUGCAGUCCAUCGAGCCGGCCGUGGUGAACGCCGGGCACGACCCCGCCGAGCCGGACAGCCCUGCGUCCCUGCUCACCAGCCUGAACGAGCUGGGGGAGCGGCAGCUCGUCACGGUGGUGCGCUGGGCCAAGGUGAUACCAGGGUUCCGCAACCUGCACGUGGACGACCAGAUGUCAGUGAUCCAGUUGUCGUGGAUGGGGGUGAUGGUCUUCGCUCUGGGCUGGAGGUCCUACACUCUGACUGACUGCUCCAUGCUCUACUUUGCUCCAGACCUGGUCUUCAAUGACCAGCGGAUGCAAGUGUCCAGUAUGUAUGAACACUGUAUGCGGAUGAAGGUGCUGGCCCAAAGGUUCUGCAAGCUGGAGGUCACCCAGGAAGAGUUCCUCUGCAUGAAGGCCCUCGUCCUCUUCAGCAUCAGUCGUGAGGAAGCUGCACCAGUUCACCUACGAUCUCUUCGUGCAAGCUCAGGCCCUGCCGAUGCGCGUCAGCUUUCCAGAGAUGAUCUCAGAGAUCGUCAGCGUCCACGUGCCCAAGAUCCUCUCCGGCAUGGUGAAGCCCAUCCUUUUCCACAACACGGCCUAGACACACGCGGCCGGUCUCCCCGAGCGCUCUCUCGGGGCCGCGGGCCACGUGCUCCGGCUCCCAGACCUUCCACCAUGUGCGGCAAAGCUGAGAUGGCAAGAGGGGGGGGGGGGGGGGUUUAUGCUCUUAUGCAGUUAAAUAAGUGUAAGCUCGAGCGAGGCUGAGGUGGACACUAACAGAGGGGAGGACAGCACAUUCUUACAGUGUAAUGUAAUCUAGCCACAUCCACCCCACUCUCCUUACUGCCUGUUCUCUGUUUCACGCUCAUCAGAUGUUUUAAGAGGUGGUUAAAAACAACACUUGCAUGCACAUAUCUCAGCAUGAACCAACAAAAACCUGGCAUGACACCCACUCCAUCUCUCUGUAAUGAUUAUUCUCAACUAGGGGACUGUUCACCAACCCCUGAGCUUCUUCUGUAUGCAGUGGCAUGACAUCUGUACUCGCUUCUUCACAAUGAAUGUUAUUGUGUGCACCUGAGACGGGGGGAAAAAACCCCACCGGUUGAUUGACAGUUAAUAAGCGGUUGUGACUUGCAUGCUCACAAUCAAAGCUAUCUCACUUGAAGGCAUAUAAAAAAAAUUUGAAAGCCGUUGUCAUCUCUUAGAAACAGAUAUUACUUUUGAUUGAUAUUUCUUGUGUCGUUAAAACCAAGGAGUGAGCUAAAGCCGGGUUUGAAUGUAUAUUUAUGAAUUUUCAAUGUCGAGAAAAUGCAACGGGUGACUUUUUAAAGAAGUUUUAGGUGCCAAAUGUUGUCCAAGUUUCACUUUUUCAAAGUGCAUAUUUCAUAUAGUUGUGUAACUUUUCUACUGUUUCUAAAAAGUGUUCUUUACAAAAGCUUUCUUGUGCAUCAUCAUGUAUUUGCGGUUACUCAUUGCAGUUUUGCUACACAUUAAAGUUCCAGU